UAUCAGCAGCGUGUUCUAUCACUCCAUUACUGCCAACAGACACAUAUUACCCCGAACGCUGUCCUCUGCCAGCAGAUAGUUACUGAAAUGGCUUGUUAGCUAACCAGUUGGUAAACCAAUGCCUCGUCAACUAGCUAGGACACUUUUAUCAGCCUGCUGACUCUCUGAUGAUCCGUCUUGACAAGUCCUAUGUCGGAGAAACUUCCUUCAUCGUUUAGCUCUCUGGCGGGUUACUGUGGCACCGGGGUACUGUUACACCGCCAGAGACACAGACACAGGGUCCAGUUCAGUUCUGUUGUUUACUGAGGCUGGACGGAAACAGGACUGUUCAUGGGGUGUACGGCCCAUCCAUCCUGAUGCCAUUACCAUAGCAACAUGACCCUCAACACCCAGAGAGAGAAGGAGCCCCUGCGGCGGCGAGCCAGCACGCCGAUUCCUCCCGGCCACUUCUGCCAUCACCCGUCCUGGCCCCGAGACACCCGGCUCUCCAGCAGCACCCUGCCCGACCCUGAGCAGCCCCGCGCCCAGCGCAGCCACCCUCCUCUGGGACAGUCGGCGUCGUACCACCCUGGAGACAAGUCGCUCCACUACCGCGCCCAGUGGAGUUCAGACUCGGAGGACGACUCGCAGAGCGACUCGGAGUGCGUUUACAGAGUGGUGUUACUAGGCGACCAUGGCGUCGGAAAGACCAGCCUCGCGGGAAUCUUUGCUGGAAUCACGGAGAAAGAUGAACAACCAGGAGAGGACACGUACGAGCGCACACUGACUGUAGAUGGAGAGGAAACCACACUCAUCGUCAUGGAUACCUGGGAGAAUGACAGACUGGAGGCGGAGGACGACUCCUCUCAGGUCGACUGUCUGAAGGUUGGGAGUGCUUACGUCAUCGUGUACUCCGUCACGGACCGCUCCAGCUUCGAUUCUGCCUCUGAGCUCCGUAUCACGCUGCGACGCGCCCGCCAGGCCGAAAACCUUCCCAUCAUCCUCGUGGGCAACAAGAGUGACCUGGUCCGGUCCAGAGAAGUCGCUGUAGAAGAGGGCCGAGCGUGUGCAGUGGUGUUUGACUGUAAGUUCAUUGAGACGUCGGCGUCUCUGCAGCACAAUGUGGCCGAGCUUUUCGAGGGCGUGGUCCGACAGAUCCGCCUCCGUCGGGACGGCAGCGAGGCCGCCGAACGCCGGCGCUCCAUCUACAAACGCAAAGAGAGCCUUUCCCAGAAGGCUCGGCGCUUCCUGGACCGACUGGUAGCACGCAACAACCAGCGCAUGGCGGUCAAAGCGCGGUCUAAGAGCUGCCACGACCUGGCCGUCCUCUGAAGACACUUGUCCGACAGGAGGUUGGACCUUUUUUGACUUGCUGAAGUUCUCUCUGGUUGUGAUAUCGCGGAUGAUGACGUCUGCGAGCCGACAAGAAUGAUGAUCAGCAGCAAACAGCGGACAGAUGAUGUGCUGUACGUACGUCGCUGUGAUCACUGUGACAAACUCGUUUCCCUGUUUGGUCUCAUGAUUUUAUUUUUUUUGUGACUUUUUCCUCCAGAUGAACUAAGUAUUAAAAACAGACCGACUGUAAAAAGGAUCGUCACUGUAGGGUUAAAGGUUGGAUGAGUGUUUGUCAGUGUGUGUGUGUGUGUGUCUGUGUGUGGGUGUGUGCGACCAGAUGUCUGUUCGGGAUGUCCCGUAGUUUCCGCUGUGUCCUCUGUUCUCCUGAGGUUUCUACUGUUUUCAGUUCAACACUGUGCAGAAUAAAAGUCUUAAAGGAACA